GAGGGAUCCAAACUUCUGGCCGCGGUGCAAAAGUCGUUGCGGACAGCUUUGGGGCCCAGAUCCCCAACCAUAAAUAUAAAUUCAUUUCGGUUGUGGCCGCGCAAACAAACAAUUGGCAAGUGCAAAGCCUGAGACGCCGGUUUUCUUCUUUUCAGGUGACAUCUUGAUCUCCCAAAACAGACUUCAUUAGUUAGGACAUCUUUUGCGGUGGUAAAGACUCAAACUUUUUGUUUCCAUAUUGGAAGAUGGCUGAGGAGGGUCACAAGGUUACCUUGAAUGUGUAUGACCUCAGCCAAGGAUUGGCACGUCAUCUCUCAACAACGUUUUUGGGAAAAGCUAUUGAGGGUAUUUGGCACACAGGAGUAGUUGUGUAUGGUAAUGAAUACUAUUUUGGGGGAGGCAUACAGCAUGAUCCUGCUGGAAGAACUCCUUAUGGAACACCACUUAAAGUUGUAGAUUUGGGCGUCACACAUGUACCGCAGGAUGUAUUUGAAAUGUACUUGCAGGAAAUUAGCCCGCGGUAUACAGCUGAGACAUACAGUUUGCUUUCUCACAAUUGUAACAACUUUAGCAAUGAAGUUGCACAGUUUUUGGUUGGUGCAACUAUCCCAGACUACAUUAUUCAGCUGCCUAACGAAGUUGUGAACAGUCCAAUGGGUGCUCUUAUAAUGCCCAUGAUACAAAAUCUGGAGUCAACAUUGAGAGCUGGAGCUGUUCCACAAGUCCCACAAUUCAGGCCUACUUCGAUGACCCAGCCCUCACCACCUGCGACAACUGCUAUUGAUAAACCCUCAGGUUUAAAAACAACUGUUAAAGCAGCUGAUGACAAAGUGGAAUCUGAAGAUACAAAGUCUGAGGGGCCAAAGGCAUCAAAGGCGUUGGUACCUCCUGCAGUCAAGCCUUCGGAAGUCAAUGGGGUUGCAGGAGAUCCUCUUGGCAAUGCUCGGAAUAAGGUGCAGGAGGAGAUAGGCCGUGAAUUUGCUGCAAUCAUGGCUACAGGCACAUUGCGAGCAAGUGAGGCUGCAGCUCUUGCAACCAGGAGAGUCAUGCAAAGAUAUGGAAAUACAAAUCUUACAGUGCAACAAAAUUAGAAAUUGUGUUUUCUUUAAAGCGAUCAGAAUUCAGAUGUAUACAUGUGCUCCCAGUGUAAGCCUAAAAUUGGCUGUAGUCUGGAAUUUGUGGAACCCCCCACCUCAUUGGUGUUUUAAAAUGCUAACUGAAUGGCACAUUGCCUGUUACUCGGUUUCUUCAGACCCUAAAUCUGUUCAAGAAUCUAAAUCUGUUCAAUGA